AGACAUCGUCUCAGCGUCUUGAAAGUGUAUGCGAUGUGCAUAUGUGUGCGUGACCUAUCAGACGCGCGCUACCCUCAGUCGUUUCUGACGCGUUGUGUAUGAGUGUCAUUUCAAAAAUUUUCAUACAUAUUCUGUGCAAACACCGCAUUGUGAAUUCGUCAUUUGUUCUGUCAAACCUCACAAAAAUAAAACGUACUGUACAUUUUUCAUGCUAAUUUAAUUAAAUUUUGUGGCCGUUUUGUAAAAUUUGUCUAUUUCUGUGUGAAAAGAAGUAAAAUCAUUGAAAUAUUGUUUAUCUGCAUCAAAAUAAGUUUCGUGCUAAAGCGCAAUCGAAUAAUAUUGAUGACGUUCAGUUUGAAUGACGACCUUCACCGUGAAUUUAUUGCAUUCGUUUUGCUGUUAUUUUGUCAACGAUAGAGCACCUUGAUUUUGAGCUGAAAAUUGUGAAUUGAAAAAAGCAACAACAACUCAAGCAGCCCAAAAAUGAGAGAAUUUCAACCGGCUGGCGUGCUUGUGGCAGGGUCAACGUAUGCAACCACAGCAUCGACCGAUCUUCUGCAUUCGUCGAACGAGUCUUACGAAGUACGCUCCCCGAUGUCUAUGGAUAGUCAUUUUUCGUUGUUGACAGCAGCAUCAUCGACACUAUCGAUAGUGUCACAAACAACGCCACAGUGUGAUUGGCCCGAAUUUCAAGAGAGUUACAAUUCAAUUAUGGACAAUACAAAUCUACUGGAUAGUUGUGCGGCUGCAUUGAAUGAUAUCAGCACCGAAGAUGGAGUGCAUUCGAUUCGGUCGGAAAAAAUACGCUGUGAAUUCAAUCGAUCGCUCAGUUCGACAACAAAUUCAUCAUUUAGCGGGUCGGACAAUUCGGUGGUCACAUCGAAAACCAUUGAACAAUUCACCCGAUGGCUGUGCGAAAUGGAGAAUCGUGUGGCUGCGCAACCGAAACUAUCGAAAAUCGUUACAAUGAAACCGAAACAAAUGGCCUCGCAGUUGGAUGUGCAUUCGAAAAUAUUCAAAGAAAUCGUCGCAAAGCCGUGCAUCGUGAAAGGAGCCAAACGAAAUGAACACAAAUCGCUCGAAGAACGAUACCAUUUGCUGUAUUUGAAAGUGUACGAAGUGCUAUUGCUGCUCGAAGGUAUGCCGGCCAACAGUUUUUCACCGUCAAAUCGCAUUUUAAGUGAAUCAUUUCAUGAUUACGAGUGUAGCUUGAGUACAAACAGCAAAGAACAUUCAUCGGAUCACGUGGACAACGGUGAUAAUGAGUUCUUGAAUGAUGUAAUCUGUGAUAAAAUCCAUUCCGAACUUAAAACACCCAUUUACACUGAAACGAAUGUCAUGUCAACCAGCAUCGGUACAUACUAUUUCAACUAUGAUGAUAGCUGUGACAACAACCAACACACGACUGAUAACGUCACACCGCAAAUGAGCAGCACUAUUUACGAAAGCAGUUGCGAUAGGGAGUUCACAUUUGAACAUGAUUUGCAUUCAUUGCUUGAUGCAACCGAUAGCCUCUGUUUGAAAUCAAACGAUCACACUUUAGUUCAUACGGAGCAACGACCAUUGCAACAAGAAUUAAUCGAGGACACGAUUGUUGUGUCACAGUUGAAUCACAUUUGGAAUCAAAUCGAUUUCUGUGAAUUGGCCACACCGUCCACACCGCUGCCUCAAGCAUCAAAUAGCCCGGCCGAAGAGUACGAAUUGUCGCAUCACAAAGUGUACGAUUGGUUGCACGCGGAUAGCUGCCAAUCAAACUCAACGGUGAGUUUGGAUGGUGCAACGGCCGGUGAAGCGGACUAUCAACUUUUAUAUCGUGCUAAAUCGGAAAUGGAUCUGUCGAUGUGCCGGCCGCUGGACGUACACAAUCGUACGUCAUCAAUGCGAACAUCGCUGAAUUGUUUGCCAUCGAUUCUGAGCCCAGUGAAACGCUUCGAGUCAACGUUAAACGAUUCAAUUUCGGAGGAAUGUUCGCUGAUUUGGGACAACUUUCAGUUGGGCAAUGAAUUCACGAAACCGGAUAGCGAUUAUGGUUUUUCUGGCAGCGAUUUCGAGAGCAAAGAAUUAAUCAAUAAACUUUGCUAUUUUGGCGAUGACUACUCGGUGCACCUAAAUGAAUCGACGGCAACGGAAAGUGACAGGGAGAUGGAGAACAGUUUUGAGGAAAAAGCAGCAAAGAAACCGGUAAUGCAUGUUUUUGAAACGCCACCAUCGACACCGAGUGGAUCGGUGAAAGUUCGUCGAAGUCGUCGCCUUCGUAACAAACGGUUGAGAAGUCUAAAUUCAACUAUUCCAGCAUACGACUCCACAUCGUCUGAGUCACACUCAACAUUAUCCCUGGAUCAAUCAUCCGAAGCGAAUCUAUCGGAAGCCACAACGGCUUCAGUCGAAUCAAACAUGCCCUCAACACUUGUCGUUGAUGAUACACAAACCGUACCACCAUCAUCGCUCAAAGAAUUUUCACCGGAGAAGACCAUUUCCUACAACAGCACCGAGAAACAGUUUGAAUUACACACAAAGGAGUCGAAUGAACCAAAGAAAAUGAAAAUCAAUGAAAUGCGACCCGAAGACUUUCAUGACUUGGUCAAAAUGUGUCAGAGCAACAUCGAUUGUGUGAUAACGGUUUUGGGCGCUGAUCCAAAUCGCAUUCUCACCGUUGCCUAUUGCCAACAAAUGAAGUACGAACGAUAUCAAAGGUCAAACACUGAAACAUGCAAAUGUAAACAACAGAACACCGAUGCAUCGGAAAACAAGCAGCAGCAGCAGAAGCAAGGGACAAAGGACACCACGCAAUGCAACUGCAGUCAUAUCGUCGCGAACAAAUCGAACGAAAUGUGUGUAUGCGCUUGGGUAUCGCAUACAAUUGCCAUGAUAUUGAAUUUUCUCAUCGAUUGCUGGAACGUUUUCCGAAACAUGAAACUGUACACGUACUUGUGCCGUGUAACACGGGCUCUGUUCGGUUCAACACGCUACGUGGCCGAUCACCUCAAAUCCAAACAGGCUAUCGCGAACGCUAAAGCAAUCAAAUAUUCAUAAAAUACUUCAGAGAGAAAGGAAAAGAUAGAGAGAGAAUAAAAAUAGAAUCGCUGACUUCAGAUACGAAGUUCAAAUAGAUAAAAUGAUCAAGUAAACAAUGUCGUCCAAUAUCUCACAUAUAAAUUAAAUAUAGGGUUUUUGUAUUCUUAGUUUGAUGCAAUGGUUGUGUUGCCGAAAAACAAACAAACAUAUUUUUGUAUCUUGUCAAACAAAUGAUAUUGUCUAAUCAGAAGAAGUAGUUUAUAGACUAAAAACAGAUAUUGUUAUCAAAGUGAAAUUGUGAAAGAAUGACCAAAGGGUUUAGAUGAACGUGUAUGUUUUUAAAAUGGCAAUAUUUAACAAAGGUCAAAUUCGCCUUUCCAACACUUUUUUUUUGAAUAAGUUUACCAAUUGGUCUUUUUAGUUAAAUGGAAACUAUUUUUGUGUAAGAAUUUUUUUGGUAUCAAGCGAAUCGAAAAUAAAUGAAUAGUCACUCUUUUUGUGGAAUUUAAUGUAAACAUUCAAUUAUUCGAAUUGUAGGAAAUAAAAAUGAAAAAUCAAA